AUGGCCGACGACGCAGCCGCCGCGUCGUGCUCAACAGCUACCGGCACGAGUAAGAGAGCGGAGAACCGGCUGGUGGUCGAGGAGGCGAAGGUGACCACGGACGAGUACAACUCCAUCUGCACCCUGCACCCGGCCACCAUGGAGAAGCUCUCCAUCUACCACGGCGACGUCGUCCUGCUCAAGGGCAAGCGCCGCCGCGACACGGUAUGCGUGGCCCUGCCCGAUGACGAGUGCGGCGAGGGCAAGAUCCUGAUCGGCGAGGUGGCCCGCUCCAACCUCCGGGUGCGCCUCGCCGACGUGGUGUCCGUGCACCCGUGCCACGACGCCCGGUACGGGGCGCGCGUCCACGUCCUGCCCCUCGACGACACCGUCGAGGGCCUCUCGGGGGACCUCUUCGAGGCCUACCUCAAGCCCUACUUCGUCGACGCGUACCGCCCCGUCCGCAAGGGCGACCUCUUCCUCGUGCGCGGCGGCAUGAUGAGGAGCGUCGAGUUCAAGGUCGUCGACAUCGACCCCGCCGUCGACUACUGCAUCGUCGCUAACGACACGGAGAUCUUCUGCGACGGCGACCCCGUCAGGCGCGAGGACGAGGAGAGCCUCGACGGCGUCGGCUACGACGACGUCGGCGGGAUGCGCAAGCAGCUGGCGCAUAUCAGGGAGCUGGUCGAGCUGCCGCUCAGGCACCCGCAGCUGUUCAAGUCCAUCGGCGUCAAGCCGCCCAAGGGCAUCCUCCUCUACGGGCCGCCGGGCUCCGGCAAGACCCUGAUCGCCCGCGCCGUGGCCAACGAGACCGGGGCAUUCUUCUUCUGCAUCAACGGCCCCGAGAUCAUGUCCAAGAUGGCCGGGGAGAGCGAGAGCAACCUCAGGAAGGCGUUCGAGGAGGCCGAGAAGAACGCGCCCUCCAUCAUCUUCAUCGACGAGAUCGACUCCAUCGCGCCCAACAGGGACAAGACCCACGGCGAGGUCGAGAGGCGCAUCGUCUCCCAGCUGCUCACGCUCAUGGACGGGCUCAAGGCGCGCGCGCACGUCAUCGUCAUGGGCGCCACCAACCGCCCCAACAGCAUCGACCCCGCCCUGCGGCGGUUCGGGAGGUUCGACCGCGAGAUCGACAUCGGCGUGCCGGACGAGGUCGGCCGCCUCGAGGUGCUGCGCGUCCACACCAAAAACAUGAAGCUCGCCGACGACGUCGACCUCGACGUCGUCGCCAAGGACACGUACGGCUACGUCGGCGCCGACCUGGCCGCCCUCUGCACCGAGGCUGCCCUGCAGUGCAUCAGGGAGAAGAUGGACGUGAUCGACCUCGAGGACGAGACGAUUGACGCGGAGGUUCUCAGCUCCAUGGCCAUCACCAACGACCACCUCAAGACUGCCCUCGCCGGCACCAACCCGUCGGCUCUGCGCGAGACCAUGGUCGAGGUGCCUAAUGUCAGCUGGGCGGACAUUGGCGGCCUCGAGGGCGUCAAGCGGGAGCUCCAGGAAACCGUGCAGUACCCCGUCGAGCACCCGGAGAAGUUCGAGAAGUUCGGCAUGUCCCCUUCCAUGGGAGUGCUCUUCUACGGGCCCCCUGGCUGCGGCAAGACGCUGCUCGCCAAGGCGAUCGCGAACGAGUGCCAGGCCAACUUCAUCAGCGUCAAGGGCCCCGAGCUGCUGACCAAGUGGUUCGGCGAGAGCGAGGCCAACGUCCGCGAGAUCUUCGACAAGGCGCGCCAGUCCGCGCCGUGCGUCCUCUUCUUCGACGAGCUCGACUCGAUCGCGACGCAGCGGGGCGGCCGCGCGGGGGACGCCGGCGGCGCCGGGGACAGGGUCCUCAACCAGCUGCUCACCGAGAUGGACGGCAUGACCGCCAAGAAGACGGUGUUCAUCAUCGGCGCCACCAACCGGCCGGACAUCAUCGACUCGGCGCUGCUCCGCCCCGGCCGCCUGGACCAGCUCAUCUACAUCCCGGUGCCGGACGAGGCCUCGCGGCUCCAGAUCUUCAAGGCGUGCCUGAGGAGGUCCCCCGUCGCCGGCGACGUCGACCUCGGCGCGCUGGCCAGGUUCACGGCGGGCUUCAGCGGCGCCGACAUCACCGAGAUUUGCCAGAGGGCGUGCAAGCACGCCAUCCGCGAGGACAUCGAGAAGGACAUGGAGCGGGAAAGGCAGGCCAAGGAGAUGCCGGAGGACAUGGCGGUGGACUGCGCCCAGGAGCCGGCGCAGAUCAAGGCCGUCCACUUUGAGGAGUCGAUGAGGUUCGCGAGGAGGAGCGUCAGCGACGCGGACAUCCGCAAGUACCAGGCGUUCGCGCAGACAUUGCAGCAGUCGAGGGGCUUCGGCAACGAGUUCCGCUUCCCCAAGCAGCCCCAGGCGCCGGAGCCUGCUGCCACGGCCAACGCCGACGACGAGGAUGAUCUCUACAACUGAUCGGCUCGCAACUAGCAUGGAUUAUGCUAUUUUCCCCCUUUUUUCUGUAAUAACGUAUUGAUAGUGUGUGUGUGUGUGUGUGUGU